AUGGACGAUCAAUUCGGAGGCCGCACAGACGACGACCUCUUCUUUGACGACUUUGAGCCUGUAAGCAACCCCCAGGCCAUUGAGACAGUCGAAACCGUCGUCGCACCUCAUCCUCCACCCCCUCCUCCCGCCGCCGUCGCGACGCCGCCAGUCGAACCACCAAAACCGGCACCCGCGCCUGCACCUCCGCCGACCGGUCCCGCGGCGCAAAACUCCUCUGCUCCUGCCGCCGAUGCUGCUGCUGUCGCCCCUCCCCCGGCUGCCGCAGCCUCAAGCGACGCCGCCUCCCCCAAGAGCAACUCGCCCGCUCCGGCAGCAGCACCUCACGCACCCCGCGAAAAGCAUGCCACAACCGCCGCUCCCGGCGCAAACACAGCCCUCAACGCAGAAGCCCGCCUCGGCUCGGGCGCGAACCCGCGCACCAAACUAAGCGAGUCCCAACUCGCCGCCAAAAUGGAACAGAUGCGCAUCCUCAACGCCGAAAAGACGCGCAAGUUCGAGCAGGCGGAGCAGGACGAGCGCAGCCACGCGGAGGCCUAUGCGCGCGGCAUGGAGGAGGCACGGCAGCGCAAGAAGGCCGACGAGGAGAGGCGGCGGCGCGGCGAGGAGGAGCGCCGGCGCAUGGAUGACGAGCGCGCCAAGAACCGCGAGAGGAAGCUCAAGGCGAUGAGUAUCAAGGAGGGCGGGUGGGACGAGGGCAAGGAGGCGCUCGCUGCUGAGGAGGAGAGGAGGGGGUUCCGCGGGGCGAAUGGCGGGGUUAGGGGGACGAGGUCUGCGGGGCUUGCCGGGAGCCGGUUUGCUUCGAGGGAGGAUGAGACGCCGCAGGGUGAUCGGUUUGCUGGUGAAGAGCGUAGAGGUGGAAGGGGUCGAGGAAGAGGUCGUGGGCAGGGGCGGGGUGGACGCGGCGGUCGGGGCGGGUAUGGGAAUGAUCAUGAACGGGGAGAUUCGAACGGCGCUCGGGAAGCUAAGGCUCCCGCCGCCCAGGCUCCCGCGCCGGCUCCUGUCAUCAGUACUGAGGAAUUCCCUGCCCUGCCUGGAAAGGCUACGAGCGGUGACAUUUCGCCUCCUGUCUUGUCGCCUCUUGGCAGGUGGGACGACGAGAUGGAAGCAUUUGAUGAGAAGCUCAAGAACGCCGCCGCCCAGUCUUCUUCGUGA